AUGAUGCUCCUCGCAACACAAGGCGCGCUGAAGGGAACGAUGACCUUGUCGCUUCCUCUGAACUUCCUUGACACUAUCUACCGCGAGACGAGACCAAGCUCGAUGGAUCUCGAGAUUCCCAUUCAGCAUGCGAACUCAGAAUCAACCACCCAAGGCGCGAAGCCGCUUGAGCUCAAGGGAGGCCCCAUCCAGCUCGAGAAUGUGCGAUUUGCACUUCACUCUGACCGGCCGAUCCUCAGCGACCUGAAUUUCACGAUUCCUGCUGGCAUGAAGGUUGCGCUCUUCGGAUCUAUAUCGACGACCAGGAGCUCGACAGCCUGCGGGUCGAGAGCGCGCGCCGGACAAUUGGCUGUUCCACUCGGACGUUCUGCACAAUGUUCGGUACGGACACCUGGACGCGAGCGACGAGGACGGGGAGCGGCGCGCGAGACGCACGUACACGAAGCCGUGAUGCGCCUGCCUGAGGGUUACGCGACCAAAGUCGGCGAGCACGGUCUCAUGAUCUCGGGUGACGAGAAGCAGCGACUGGUGAAAGCAAGAGUGCUGCCCAACGAUCCGCGUCCUUGA